AUGAAGUGCGGUGUACUUAACAAGCAACCUUUAUUCAAAGUCAAGCUAAAAAAGACCAUAAGAGGCACUAAGACUCUUCAAUCUAGUAAGAGGAUUGGGAAACCAAGUCUGUCCAAAGCCAAGAAGAGAUUGAAUAAUGUUAAUGUGUUUUCUGUUAUGACGGAAGACCUUGAUAGCAUAGCUCCAAAUCUUGAUAUUAUUCAAAUGAUAGAUAUUGCAAAAAACAGAACCCAAGAUACUAACGAUUUACUCUAUUAUUGGAACUAUGCUCUUCCGUUCGGUCUGGACCCAUUGUUGGUACCGUUCAAUGACAUUCCUAUAGCACUAAAAAACCCCAUAGAAAUAUGUCAGAACAGAAAUUUAAACCCCUUUAUGGCAUUCAGAUCGUACUAUUCACAAUAUGCACAAGGUUUGAAACAAAUAGAGCUCUCAGAAGUUCUGGCAAAGGCAUGGCAUUCUGAUACAAAAGAACAAAACUACUGGAUUUCCCUCACACAAAAGUGUGCCAACGGUCUGUAA